GCGCCACUCUGCUUUUUGGUCCAGUAGAAAGAAAAUAUGGCGGACGUAAUGAAUGUUGGUGUCAAUUUAGAAGCAUUUUCUCAGGCUAUCAAUGCUAUUCAGGCACUUCGUUCAAGUGUAACAAGGGUGUUUGAUUCUCUUAAAGAUGGAAUGAAAAAUAAAGAAACACUUGAAGGCCGGGAAAAGGUUUUCACAACCGAAUUUCAAGACAAUCUGCAGUCAGUGAAUCGCGAUCUAAAUGAGUUGGAGCGUUUAAGUACUCUGGUUGGACGUCCGUCAGAAAGCCACCCUCUCCACAACAGUGGUCUGUUGAGUCUGGAUCCAGUUCAGGACAAGACUCCUCUUUACAGUCAGCUACUGCAGGCAUACAAAUGGUCCAACAAAUUGCAAUACCAUGCUGGGCUCGCCUCCAGUUUGCUCAACCAGCAGUCACUCAAACGCUCAGCCAAUCAGAUGGGAGCAUCAGCCAAAAGAAGACCCAAGGUCCAGCCCAGUACGCUGGUCCUGUCCCCGCAGUAUGUGGAUGAUGUCAUCUCUAGGAUCAGGCGCAUGUUCCCUGACAUGCCCAUAGAACUGUUCCGACCCAACGGAACCUCAGCUGUGCUGCUGGUCACGCUAGGGAAGGUCCUAAAGGCCAUCUUGGUGAUGAGGAGUCUGUUCAUCGACCGCACCAUCGUCCGAGGCUUCAACGAGAACAUCUACUCUGAUGACGGCAAGCUGGAUAUCUGGUCCAAGUCCAACUACCAGGUGUUUCAGAAGGUGACGGACCACGCCACUACAGCUCUGCUGCACUACCAGCUCCCACAGAUGCCUGAUGUGGUGGUACGCUCCUUCAUGACGUGGUUGAGGAGCUACAUCAAGUUGUUUCAGAGUCCGUGUCAGCGAUGUGGACGCUUCCUCCAGGACGGCCUCCCUCCCACCUGGAGAGACUUCCGCACCCUCGAGGCCUUCCACGAUACCUGCCGGCAGUAACACACACACAGCGCUGUAAAUAUGCACACACACGCUCUCACCCACUUUACACUUAACAAAGAAAAAAAUUGCUUUGCAUCCCUCAGCCCCCCCCCCCCCCCACCUACCCACCCAUCCCCCCCAUUGUUUUUGAAGUAUUCAAUAUUUCAUGCUGUGAGUUGGCAGUGUGUGUGGAGAGGGUGUAUGGAAGUGGGAGAUGUAACCCAGAAAAUCUGUGAUUUCAAUUUGGUUCAAAACUCCUCACCUACUUUUGUAAACCCCUGAAACCUCCUGAAAAAAAUCUUCUUUUGUAAACUCCUGAAAAAAGUUCUGUUUUGUAAUAUUAAUACAUUGAAAUAAAGUUAAAUAGUUAAUGAAAA